AUGACCAAGUUCAAGAUCAGAUCACGACUCAGGCGCUUCUUCUCGCCUCUGCUCCCUGGCUUCCGCUCGAAACGCGAAUGCAGAAACAAUCCUCUCGGUGCUUCUCUGGCCAAUGCUCAAAUCGACAUCUGGGUUGAGGACCAUCGACAAGUUUCUACUUGCAGCAGAUCGCUCUACGAACCGACGAUUACGACGAAUGUCAAUACAGCAAUACCUUCCGUUUCUGGCGUCUGUGGCGAGAGCUAUGAUGACGAAGAUGCCUCGUCACGCAUCGUUCCCACUGUUUCAGGAGAAAAUUCCUUUUCUCCAUCCCAAUGCGAAGGACCUAACCCUCGACACUGUACCGCCGAAGGAGGCUCUGGCAGCGUGAACUCGGUUUCUGCGGGUGACAGCCUCCCAUCCGACACACCUGACUUGGCCAGUAUGGCGUCCCUCACCACGACUGCUGCUCCCCCGGCUAGAUCUGGGGACCAUGGAGGUCCACUCCCUCUGACACUUUCGACGACUGCCUUGAACGGAGAAUGCGAUGCCGACGACGAGCCUUCGAAGUGCAUCGCCAUUACACGGGGUCAUCCUGAUAACCAAAUUGCAGAUACUCCUAAUUCUGACGUGUCAUCGCUGCUGGCUCUCCCGAACUUCGCGCCAAACAACGAUGCUAAGAGCAUCGUCUCUAUUCGUGGGACGAACUGUAUCAUCGAGUUUAUGGGUCGACUUGGUCCGCCUGCUACUCGUCCCUCGAAACCCAGCCCUAGAUCUAACAUCACCACGCUCGAGUUCAGUACCCAACCCAGCCUUCCUAAACCUGGUCGGAUCUAUGCUCCUCAGGUCAACUUCGCUGGUCGGGUUGAACAAUGGCUUAUCAUGGUAGAAGCUAUCCUGGGAGACCACGUCGACAGAGAAAACUCAUCGCUGCCCCAACUCGAAACAACAGUCACCCCCCAAGUGCAUACCCCAGGGUCAUAUUACAUCCUCACGUCGACACCUUUCACGAGGAGCAGACUGGCAUCCGAUAUCCCCGACCAAAUCCUGAUUCGUCUAUGCCGAUCCAUCUCUCAAUCGCAGCUCGACCUUCUCUAUGAGUCUGCGCGAAUGGAGGUUAAUUUCUACUAUUACGCCAAUACCAAUCCGAGGGUAGCGCUGGAACGGGCGAGGGCGGGAGAUGUGAUCCUACUUGCCCUACCCACCCAGGGUUCUGGAUGUCGGAGGGAGAUGUGGUUCGUGGAGGUAUGUGCGAAGUGGGAGUGGCACGGCUUUACGGAGAGUGGAGGGGUGGUAAAGUCCAAUGAAGGCGAUGCUCAGUCUCUCAAGGCUGAGAACGGCCAUGAGAGUGAGAGUGACACUUCCACGAUUUCGGGCGAGUCCAAGGCAUCCGCCGAGCUUACCAUUCAGCGCCGAGUCGAACGGGGGCGGCUGGUCGAAAUCCUGGACACUAGUCUCGACUUCCAAUGUGACGCGAUCGGUCCUACUACAGUUUGCGACGCUUCACUUGUCUCUACAGAUUGUCGGGAUGCGGACUUACCUUCGUACGAGGACGCCAUCGAACACCAAUCGCGACCUCCACUAGGGUACUAUGGCGAAGCUCGGCCUGCUGGGCCAUGGGGCUGGCAAUGGCAGCCGGUCGAGCACCGCUUUAUCCAAAGUCCAGAACCCGAGGACUGCCGUCGGCGAUUUACUGUAACUCUUCGACCCCUCUCUGCGAUUGGCCAGGGGAGGCCAUGUCCCACUCCCCCGACGGAUUGUAGCGUGGAAGCAAACUGCGGAUCCUCGUCCCCACCCAGUAGUCCUGGUUCCUACUCCGACUCAUCAUCUGAAUGGAAUCCAGAGACCUUUUCUGAGCUUGGUGAGGUCUUGGAUGACCUAGGAUACUACUGGGACAACUCGGCCGAGUUGUCGAAGCAGAAGCCACACCGGGGCAUUGACUGCGAGAAUCAGGUUGGAAUGAUUCCUUUUCCUUCUCUGCCAUCCCUCCCGCCUUCACCAGAGCCGGAAGAUCGGCCUAGGGACGAGCUAACAGCCUUCGACCUCCUUAUGGCGACGGAACGAGGUGCUCUCCCUCCAUUUUCCGAAUCUGCGUCACCCUCGUCCCAUCUCGCUCACACGUUAACGACUUAUGACAGACACGGAAUACCAAUGACGACGAUUCUACGAGAACGACAAUGGCCUGUGUUUUUUACACUGGAAGACGCUUUGAUGUAUGAUGCUCGACAGGAGCAGCACGAAGAGUGGAAGCGGAUUUGUAGAGAGGGAAGGUUGUUGGUGAGGAAGGAACGGGUGGAUGCAUGGAAUGCAAGGGUGAAGUGGAGGGCGCAGGUAUGGGAGGACCGCUGGCAAAGUUUCUGGUGGGAGCAGGAGAAGAGGCGUCGAGAGAUGCUGUUCGAUAUGAUGUUUCUUCAACCUUGGCAGCCGCAACCAACGCUGCACGAUCAACAGUUGGCCUUCGUAGGAGGUGGAGACCCUUCCUGGCCCGGGAACCUGUAUCCCAAUUAUCAUUACAACGACGUUGAACAGCCGGAGUCUCGUGCACACAUCCUGGACCUUUCCAAUACACCCAUCCCUCCACCGUUCGCCAAGGACCACCAACCAGACGGAUGUUUCAUGUGCAUCGCCCAAUCGUCUGGGAUCGGGAAUAUGGAGGGUGCGAUUCGCGGGAGAGGUCAACCCAUUCACAACGAUAGCGAGCAUACCGUUAUCUAUGCACCAGAGCCUUUACGAGUAUUUUAG